CAUCAGAAAGAGUCAGCAAAACUUUUUCAAGGCAAAAGUAGGCGCUGACACUUGAGAGGAAGACCUGUCGGAUUUACUACUGAGAUCAAGCUUUUAUUUUCAUUUCACUGACUUUUAACUUUAAAUGGAAUUUGCACUGGAUGUUGUCCCCGUUUAGGCCUUUAAAAAACGCAGUGCGUAGUUUGGGUUUUGUGUUAGUUUAAGUUGGUAGCUGGAAAGUAUUUAAAGGACUUUAAUUCCCUCUGCUGGUUGGAUUCCAUAAAAUGAUGUGGCUCUUCUGUUUUUCUAUUGGUUUUAUGGCCGCGCUGUGCGUCGGCGCUUGGGAAGAGAGCACCGUAGUUCCAGUCCGGUUAGACACCGAACCGGGGAGAACCCUCGCGCCAGACGAAACGCAGAUGAGGGUGUACAGGCUGGACGCGUUCGGUCAAGAGAUGACCUUGCAACUGGAGCCUGAUCAGACGUUCCUCGCCCCAGCGUUUGUCUUCCACGUUGUGGGGACUCCCGAGUCCGAACCGAGCCCGCAGCCCAAGAACGAAGACGAGUCUGGGUGUUUCUUCUCGGGCACGGUGAACGGGGACGAGCACUCCGCCGCUGCGCUCAACCUGUGCCAGGGACUCAGAGGUGGAUUUUACUUUCACGGCCAAGAGUUCUUCAUCCAACCCCUCAACGCAAGCGAGGAGGAGAACGAGGAGGAUGUGCACGUCAUUCGCCGGAGGGGUCGCGCAGCGGCUGGAGAGGAGAGUUCCAAGUGUGGGGUCAAUGAGGACGAGGAGAGGGUGCCGAAAAAUCAUCAGAAAGAGCCUGGAAACUCAGAGCAGACAGCCAAUCACAGGACCAGACGUUUUGUUUCCACUCCUCGCUACCUGGAGAUCAUGCUGGUGGCUGACCAGUCCAUGGCCGAGUUCCACGGUGCCGGGCUCAAAGCCUACCUCCUCACCAUCAUGGCCGUGGCCUCCCGCCUCUACCGCCACCCCAGCAUCCACAACUCCAUCAGCUUGGCUGUGGUGAAGCUGCUGGUGGUCUACGAAGAAGAACGAGGCCCCCAGGUGUCUUCCAAUGCCGCCAUGACCCUCCGCAACUUUUGCCAGUGGCAACGGCAGCACAACCCCCCCAGCGACCGCCACCCUGAGCACUAUGACACCGCCAUGCUCUUCACGAGGACGGAUCUGUGUGGCGCUCAUUCCUGUGACACUCUCGGAAUGGCAGAUGUUGGCACAGUGUGUGACCCGGACAGAAGUUGCUCAAUCAUCGAAGACGAUGGACUGCAAGCCGCCUUCACAGUUGCACAUGAACUCGGCCAUGUCUUCAACAUGCCUCACGAUGACGCGCAGCUUUGCUCUGGGGUUAAUGGUCCCCACUGGGGCUCCCACAUGAUGGCCUCCACCCUGUCCAAUCUUGACCAGCAGCAGCCGUGGUCCCCCUGUUCCGCCCUCAUGGUCACCACCUUUCUGGAUAAUGGCCACGGUCAGUGUCUGCUUGAUAAGCCCGUCAAGCCUCAGGCGCUCCCACAGCCUCUUCCCGGGACGGUCUACGACGCAGACCACCAGUGCCGGCUGACCUUUGGUGACGACUCCCAACAUUGUCCUGACCUGAGCACCACCUGCGCAGCUUUGUGGUGCACAGUGACAACGUCCAAUGGUUUGCUGGUGUGCCAGACCAAGAACUCUCCGUGGGCUGACGGGACCUCGUGUGGGCACGACAGUUACUGUCUGGCUGGACAGUGUCUCACAAAGAGCCAAGCUGCUAAACAUCAGACCCCUAUCAACGGUGGCUGGGGAGUGUGGGGUCCCUGGGGUGAUUGCUCUCGAACCUGCGGUGGAGGAGUGCAAUACUCCUUCCGUUCUUGCGACAACCCUUUGCCUAAGAAUGGAGGCAAAUACUGUGAGGGCAAGAGGAUCCAGUACCGCUCCUGCAACACUGAGGCCUGCCCUGACACCAAUGGCCUGUCAUUCCGGGAGGAACAGUGUCUGGCGCACAACGACAUGUCAGCCCAAGUGUCUCUCGGAUCAGGAGAGGGUGUUGAAUGGGUUCCCAAAUAUGCUGGAGUUUCGCCCAAAGACCGUUGCAAGCUUGUGUGCCGGGCCAAAGGAACGGGAUACUUCUUUGUCCUCAAAUCUAAGGUGGCAGAUGGAACGCCCUGCAGCCCUGAUUCCACCUCAGUUUGCGUCCAAGGCCAGUGUGUCAAGGCGGGAUGUGAUCGCGUUAUCGGCUCCAACCAGCGCUACGAUAAGUGCGGCGUGUGCGGCGGCGACGGAACCACCUGCAAGAAAGUGUCAGGAUCAUUGGAACGUGCCAGACCCGGGUACCAAGACGUGGUGACUAUACCCGCAGGUGCCACCCAUAUGGACGUCAAGCAGCGUUCCCCUGGCAAUGGCCGCCAUGACAACAGUUACUUGGCAGUGCGCCGACAGGAUGGUACCUACCUGUUGAAUGGCGAUUAUAAGCUAAUGACCAUGGAGUCAGACAUCACCCUGCGAGGGGCACUGCUGCGGUACAGCGGGUCUUCCGCCAGUCUUGAGCGGCUCCGCAGUUUUUCCCCUCUCCCUGAGCCUCUCACCAUUCAGGUAUUGUCUGUGGGGGAGGCCCCGAGGCCCAGAGUGAAGUACAGCUACUUUGCCCCCAGACCCAACAACGCUGCUUCCCCCAACAACAACGGAGGUCGGCGGCAUUCAAUCAACGCCAUCCGAGAGCUGGGCGUAGCUGAGUGGACUCUGAUGGAGUGGGGUCCCUGUUCCCAGACCUGCGGAGGAGGCAUGCAACAGAGAGAGGUGUUGUGUCUGGAUCCCCAGGGCCGUCCGUCCAAAGAUUGCCCUGAGGAGUUGCGUCCUUUGGCUUCACGCUCCUGUGCCUCUCAGCCUUGCCCCACCUGGCUGCUUGGAGAGUGGUCUCUGUGCUCCAAGACCUGCGGCCGGGGUUUCCGCAAACGUCAGCUUCGCUGCAUUGGCCACGACGGCCGCACACUGACCCACGACAGCUGUGACACCAAAGAUCGGCCACGACCCUUGCUGGAACUGUGCUAUCAGAGUGCCUGCUAAGGACUGCUUUGACAAUCUGACCUCUAUUUCACAAAUUCAUUAAUUGUACUUGUCAGUGACUGCGUCUGUCAUUCCCCUCUUGUUGGGAACCACACUGCCUGUGUCAACAAAGUCUGUCGCCUGUCUGUCUUUGUAGCGCAGCAGCGGCACACCUUGUCUCCCACCAAAAAUUAAUGAAUUUUAGCAUGCUGUUUACCAUCCUGAUGUCGUGCUUGUGUGCGUGAGCGUGUGCAAAGAUUUGAUGCAUGUUUGUCCAAGCUGGGCUGGACACAUUCAAAGGGUGUGGAGAUAAUUGUGGCGUUUAUAUAUGGAGAAAAAAUAGUGUCCUACUAACUCCUCCCAUCAGGUAUGGAAAAUAAGAUUUAUUCUGAACUGUCAGUCCACAUUUAUUUAUCACAAACCUGUAGCACUUCACUUUUUUUUUUUUUUUUUUUACCAGUGGCACAUUGUAACGCUCAUUUUCUUUCUCUGAAUGCCUCGUAUUUUGUCAUUUAGCCAUAUCUUGAAAACCAAAGAGUUUUGUGUGUGCGUGUGUGUGUGUGCGUGUGUGUGUGUGUGUGUGUGUGUGGAGACCUAAAGAGGGACUUGUCUCCUGCUACUACUUCAUAAGUAAGUCUCUCCUGCCUUCUGCGAAGGCAUCUUGUUUUUUGCAGUUGUCGCUAUUGUACAGAAUAUCCAGACAUUAUUUAUUUUUGUACAGCCUGUUAUGUAUAAUCAUGUGGCCUUUUUAAUAUUAUUUUUUAUUUGUUAUUGAGAUCACAGAAGGAAGUAGGAUAUA